AUGGUAGCAAGAGUGGCUGGUGUUUUCGACGAAAAACUAACCGAAGCAAUAGCAAAUUCUAAGAUUUUGGUAGUUGGUGCCGGUGGCAUAGGUUGUGAAAUAUUGAAGAACCUAGUUCUGACCGGCUUUCCUCAAAUUGAAAUAAUCGACCUUGAUACAAUCGACGUAAGCAACUUGAAUCGUCAGUUUUUGUUUCACAAGGAGCAUGUAGGAAAAUCAAAAGCGCAAGUGGCUAAGGAUAGUGCAUUGAGCUUUAAUCCUAAUGUGAAUAUUAUUGCGCAUCAUGACAGCGUUAUAAGCAACGAAUAUGGAGUGAGUUACUUUAAGCAAUUUAAUAUUGUAAUGAAUGCAUUGGAUAAUAGAGUAGCUCGCAACCAUGUGAAUAGAAUGUGCUUAGCUGCUAAUGUACCACUAAUUGAAACUGGAACUGCUGGUUAUGCUGGUCAGGUCGAGCUAAUCAAAAAGGGUUUAACACAAUGCUAUGAAUGUCAACCUAAAGCUCCACAAAAGUCUUUUCCUGGAUGUACGAUAAGAAACACACCAUCGGAGCCAAUCCAUUGUAUUGUAUGGGCAAAACAUCUGUUUAACCAACUUUUCGGAGAAGAAGAUCCUGAUCAAGAUGUUAGCCCUGAUACUGCAGACCCUGAAGCAGCUGGUGAAGCCGGAUCAACUGCCCUAGCAUCUGAAGGGACCACUUCAGGAAACGUAGAAAGAAAAAGUACGAGAACUUGGGCCUCAGAAACUAAUUAUGAUCCAGAAAAGUUAUUCGCCAAACUUUUUGGUGAUGAUAUACGCUAUUUGCUAUCUAUGGAAAAUUUAUGGAAAAAACGACGCCCUCCCACUCCAUUGUCAUGGGAUAAUUUGCCUGGUAAAGAUAACCCACCAGCUCAGCACUCGGGUCUGCCAGACCAAAGGGUGUGGUCUGUUUAUGAAUGUGCUCAGAUGUUUGCUGCAAGCUGCAAAGCCUUACAAACAGAUCUCAAAAGCCGCCCUGAUGGUGACCACUUAGUAUGGGAUAAGGAUGAGAAAAGUUCAAUGGAUUUUGUGACGGCGUGUGCGAACAUACGGGCUCAUAUCUUCAAUAUACAGCUGAAGUCUAGAUUUGAAAUCAAAUCGAUGGCUGGUAAUAUAAUACCUGCAAUAGCUACUGCUAACGCCAUUGUGGCGGGUCUCGCCGUGUUGCGGGCUCAGGGUAUACUUCGGGGAGAGAUUGAGAACUGCACUAGUGUUUAUCUAAGACCUAAAGUCAAUCACCGUGGUCAGCUGUUUGUGCCUGAACGAACUCUAACAGCGCCCAACCCCAAAUGCUAUGUCUGCGCUCCAAAACCAGAAGUAGGUCUUGCUUGUAACAUCAAACAGCUCACACUGAAAGACCUUAACACAGCCUUCAAAGAAGGUCUAAACAUGCAGGCGCCAGAUGCAACCGUCGAGGGCAAAGGCCUAGUGGUAUUAUCCUCAGAACCGGGUGAAACAGAUCAUAACAACGACAAAACAUUAGAAGAAAUAGGCCUAAAUGACGGCUGUGCUCUGUUAGUAGAUGACUUUCUACAAAACUAUGAAGUGCGAGUACGACUCCAACAAGAGGAUGAAGAGAAGUCCUGGAGGCUAAUAACUGAUUCUGAUGAACCGAUGCCAGGUCCUAAGGAGGAUAACACAGCAAAUGGAUCUAAUGGUUCCGAACCCAAACCAGGCCCGUCAAGGUCCAAAGAAGACAGUGACAGUGAUAUGGAGAUUAUCGAAGAAGAUGAUGAUGAACCUGUACCCAAACCUAAACGCAGGCGUACUGAGGCCAAUGAAGUUAUAGAGCUGUGC